GACUACGUUAACCAUCGGGCGGCGCGGCGUCGAUCCUGCCCGGUUGGAGUUUGGUGCCGUCGCGGGGCACGGUUUGAAUGUCCGUUCCGUUCCAUUCCGUUAUUGCCUUCCCGCCCUCCCUCCGGCGCUGCGAGAGGCCGCUGUCCCGAAGCAGUAUGCAGAUCUCUGCCAUCAGAUUUCGCCUUUUUAGUCAAUAGAAAGGUAGAGAUUUACAGUAAACAUUGUGAAUAUGGAAGAAACAGACCGGGAAGCUGUGUGGACAGCUGCCCAGCGAGUGGCUGGGAUGCUGCAGCGACCUGAUCAGCUUGACAAAGUGGAGCAGUAUCGUAGACGCGAGGCUCGAAAGAAGGCCUCUGUUGAAGCUCGGCUAAAGGCAGCCAUCCAGUCCCAGUUGGAUGGAGUGCGAACAGGGCUGAGCCAGCUUCACAAUGCCUUGAAUGAUGUUAAAGACAUCCAGCAUUCCUUGGCAGAUGUCAGCAAGGACUGGAGACAAAGCAUUAAUACUAUAGAGAAUCUGAAGGAUGUGAAAGAUGCUGUGGUUCAGCACAGCCAACUGGCAGCUGCUGUAGAAAACCUCAAAAAUAUUUUUUCAGUUCCAGAGAUUGUGCAAGAGGCCUGUGAAUUGAUAGAACGCGGAGAACUACUUGCAGCGCACCGAAAACUCAUGGAUCUGGAGUGUUCCCGUGAUGACCUCAUGUAUGAGCAGUACCGCAUGGACAGCAAGAACACACAUGAUAUGAAACUCAUCCAGGCUUACUUUACUGAGGUGCAAAACCUCUCUGAGCAAAUGGGCAAGCAGAUCUGGAUGCUGGUGCAAAGAGCUUCGGUAACAGUGCGAAGUGACCCAGCCCAGCUCGUUUCAGUGAUUCGAAUAAUUGAGAGAGAGGAAAAAAUUGAUAAGCGGAUGCUUGACCGUCAGAAGCAAACAGGAUUCAUACCACCUGGGAGACCAAAACGGUGGAAAGCCAAGUUGUUUACGGUGCUGGAACAGACUGUUGCCAAUCGGAUUGAAGCCAGUCAGUCUGAUACACGAGAGCAAGAUAAAAUGUGGCUCGUGCGUCACCUGGAGCUCUUGCGGAAGUAUGUUCUUGAGGACUUGUUAGUCAUGAAGAACUUGAUGGUGCAAUGUUUUCCACCUCAUUACAACAUCUUCAAAAUUCUUCAGAAUUUGUAUCACCAGGGACUAAUAGCGCGUGUAGAGGAACUUGCCUCAGAGGAUUUGGAGGCCAAUGAAAUUGUUUCCCUUCUGACUUGGGUUCUAAAUACGUACCACAGUGUGGAUAUGAUGGGACAUCCCGAUCUAGCUCCAGAGGUGGAUGUAAAGAGCCUGGAACCCUUAUUGUCAAAUGAUGUGGCUGACGUGCUUCUCAGCAGAUACAUGACAACCCUAACAUCCAACAUUAUUGGCUGGCUACGGAAAGCACUUGAAACUGACAAGAAGGAUUGGAAAAAAGAGCAAGAGCCAGAAGCAGAUCAGGAUGGCUAUUAUCAGACUACAUUGCCAGCUAUUGUAUUCCAGAUGUUUGAACAAAAUCUACAGGUCGCUGCUCAGAUCAGCAAUGAUCUGAAACUUAAGGUGCUGACAUUGUGUCUUCAGCAAAUGAACUCUUUCUUGAGCAGGUACAAAGAAGAAGUGACUAUGUAUAAAGAUGACCAUCUGAAAGAUCGUCAGAAUCCUCAGUUCUACAUUCAAUACAUGAUUGCAGUUGUCAACAACUGCCAGACUUUCAAAGAAUCUGUCAAUAGUUUGAAAAGAAAAUAUACAAACUAUGAUUUAAUAAUGGAAGAUGACCAUUUUGCUAAUCAACCAACAAUUGAGGUAACUCUAGAUACUAUUGCCAAGGAUGGGUGUACCUAUCUGCUAGAUGAAGUCUUCCUAGACUUGGAGUCCCAUCUCCAGGAGCUGAUGACCAGAAAAUGGCUUGCCGGAUCAAAAGCUGUAGAUAUCAUUUGUGUUACCAUUGAGGAUUAUUUCAACGAUUUUGCUAAAAUUAAAAAGCCAUACAAUAAGGAGAUAACAACAGAAGCUCAUCGAAGGGUUGUGGUGGAAUAUAUCAGAACUAUGAUGCAAAGAAGGAUCACCUUUAGGAAUUUGGAGGAGCGCAGAGAGGGAGCUGAGAGAGUGAUCAAAGAUGCAGAGCAGUUUCGAUUCUUGUUCAAUAAACUUUCUGCUGGCUUUGGCGAGGACACAGAUUUGUUGUGUGAUGCUAUUCCAGCUCUUGCUGAAGUGUUGAAACUCACUGAUCCAUCAUUAUUAUGUCUUGAGGUCUCUACAUUAGUCAACAAAUUUCCUGACUUCAGGGAAGAACACAUUACAGCACUGAUGUCAAUGAGAGGUGAUGCCAGCAGGGAAAUGAAGCAGACGGUCAUUGAAAUUUUGUGGCAAAACCCAACUCAUCCUGGUCCUAAUUUUAAGCCGAUCUUCAAAGAUAUUUCAGUACAAAAUUUAUCACUGUCAAAAUUAGUCAAGUGAAAUGUAUAUUUUGAAAGUUAAUGGCCCUCACCCAAUACAGUUGCAUUUGACAAGCAUAUGGAAAGUGUUACAGAAAAAUUAAGCUCCAGUUUUUUUUCCCUGGAGUAGUAUUAAACGAUCAAUCCAGAACAUGUCAAAAAUCAUUCUUGAAUUGUGAAAUGAAUGAGUUCUGUUCAGGAGAGAUACCAAUGCAACAUAAUGGGCUCACAUAUACUGCUGAUAGUAUGUCAUCUGAGCAUUUCUGUGGCACCUUAGUGGUCUCAGAUAUUGAAUUACUGGAAGACCAUAGCUGUGGUUUCAUUAUUUUGUUAAUUAAAAGGGCUAGACUGUUUGUUUUUAAUGAACUUAUUGAUGGCAAUAGGAAGCUGUAAGAAAUACAAGAUACAACUGUCAUUCAUGAGGGGCUACAUUAAAUGUAUUUUUUUCCUUUGUCUUCUGCAUUUUUGAGAAUAAUUAAUGCCACAUUUUGAAGACUUAUAGAAUGAGGAAUGUAUUUUUAUGUAUGUGCACUUGUACAGAAUUUAAGCCAUACAUCCAUUUGCAAAAUGGAUCCGUUUUGUUGUAGAUUUUUACGUCAGAUUUAGAUGGUCUGGAGUAAAAUGGUUGAGUGAACAUGAAAGCAAAAUCGAUAUUUAAUCAUGGAAAUUAAGAUGGUUUUGUGCAAUGGUUGCUUUUUUGAAAAGUUAAAGUCUGUACAAAGCAAAAACAAUAAAGCAUUGGUG